GUUUGGAAAGGGGGAUUUUCAUCUGAACACUGAGAUCUGGCAACUCAGCUAACAAACGCACUUUGAACAGCAGUGAUGAUAAACACGUUUUCACCAGCACCGACACAGUCCAGACAACCUGUAAUUUAAAAUAAAUAAAUAACACCCACAGAAACGCAUGGCAGUGGUUUGCCGAGCAAUGUUAGACAGAUAAAAAAAAGAAGCCUGCCGCUGAAAUGAGCGACAAAGCCGAGAAGAGAGGGCCUUCAGCCCGCAGAAGACGGACAACCAGCUCCAGCAGCAGAGCGGCUCCCGUGAAACAAGCCAACGGGGGCAAGUGGCUCGAAACCGGGGAGAAAGCAAAGCAUCAUCACGCUAAGGCGAAAACAGACGAGGUGUUAAAGCAUGCAAGGAAAAACGACAAGGAGAAGGAGUGGGAGAUACUGGGGCAGAAACAGCCCACAGACAGCCAGAGGACGGCGGAGAGCCCCGCGGAGGACAUCGACGAGAGAUUCAGAUGUCAUGUCCUCCAGGAGUCUCUCCUGAGCUCAGCCAGCGGCUUCAACAACUACAGAGGAAUCCUCAACUGGUGUGUUGUCAUGUUGGUGCUCAGUAAUGCCCGCCUCUUCUUGGAGAACCUUAUAAAGUAUGGUAUCUGGUGGACCCCAAUCCAAGUUGUGUCUUUGUCCUGAAGGACACCCUAUAGUUGGCCAGCAGCUUGCCUGAUUAUUGUAUCUAAUGUCUUCAUCUUGUCGGCCUUGUACACGAGAGCACGUCUGGCCUGUGGUAAGGGUACGAUAUCCGAAACGACAGGAUUGAUGCUUCAUAUUUUUAACUUGGCAGUGCUGCUGAUUUUUCCUGCAGUUACUGUGCUCACGGUGCCUUCCAUGACCCCAGUGGGUGGCGUGAUCGCCUUAGGAAUCUACACUGUCCUCUUUCUUAAACUGUACUCAUAUCGGGAGACCAACAGGUGGUGCAGAGAAACCAGACAAGCCACGGCCAAGAGACUGACACGAUCACACUCAUGUCCAUCUGUGGCCCAGUUAAAUGGUUCAACGCUUCAUGCUGAGGUUUCGUACCCGGGUAACGUGACUCACAGAGACAUGUACUACUUUGUGUUUGCACCGACCCUCUGCUACGAACUCAACUUCCCACGGUCACCUCGAAUACGCAAGAGGUUCCUGAUGAGAAGACUCUUUGAAAUGGUUUUUUUCAUACAGUUGUUGGUGGGAUUAAUACAGCAGUGGAUGGUUCCCACGAUACAGAACUCGAUGAAACCGUUCCAGGAAAUGAAUUUUUCUCGGAUGGUGGAGCGCCUGUUGAAGCUGGCUGUUCCCAAUCAUCUUAUUUGGUUAAUGUUCUUUUAUUGGUUCUUCCACUCCUGUAUGAACUUUGUGGCAGAGCUGAUGCAGUUUGGGGACAGAGAGUUCUACAGGGACUGGUGGAACUCUGAAACUGUCACUUAUUUCUGGGCCAACUGGAACAUCCCAGUUCAUAAGUGGUGCCUGAGACACUUUUAUAAGCCAAUGUUGAGGAAAGGGGUCAACAAGUUUCUGGCUCAAACGGCCGUCUUCCUGGUGUCUGCGUUCUUCCAUGAGUAUCUCGUGAGUGUUCCUUUGAAGAUGUUCAGACUCUGGGCUUUCAUGGGCAUGAUGGCUCAGGUUCCUCUGGCUUGGUUUGUUAGUCGCUUCCUCAAUGGAAACUACGGCAACGCAGCUGUGUGGAUCUCACUCAUCAUCGGCCAGCCUGUCGCAGUGUUGAUGUACGUCCAUGACUACUAUAUUAUUCAUUAUGGGACCACGACAUAGUAUUGGACAAAGACACACUGACGGGAAUCAUGUUUCCCUGCCAAAAGGACAAUCCCAUGGAAGAAUGUAGAGCCAGUGAAGCGGAACUUGAUGACUAAACUCAGACUAAGAUGCAGCAAAAAAAAAAAAAAAAAAAAAAAAAUUCACAUUGAACAUGAGUUCUGGAUGACAGAAAACAAUAAUGUCUCAUUUGUGCUCAUUUUGAAGCAAUAUUUCAUGUUUUAUAGGAAAUCUGCACUUUUCAACAAGCAGUUGUGGUAGAUAUAUA